CUUUCCGCAGUCUCUGGUCAUCUCCUGUACUGUCCGCAGUCUCUGGUCAUCCCUGUACUGUCCGCAGUCUCUGGUCAUCCCCUGUACUGUGUCUGCAGUCUCUGGUCAUCCCCUGUACUGUGUCUGCAGUCUCUGGUCAUCUCCUGUACUGUGUCCGCAGUCUCUGUCUCUGGUCAUCUCCUGUACUGUGCAGUCUCUGGUCAUCCCUGUACUGUGUCCGCAGUCUCUGGUCAUCCCUGUACUGUGUCCGCAGUCUCUGGUCAUCCCUGUACUGUGUCCGCAGUCUCUGGUCAUCCCUGUACUGUGUCCGCAGUCUCUGGUCAUCCCUGUACUGUGUCCGCAGUCUCUGGUCAUCCCUGUACUGUGUCCGCAGUCUCUGGUCAUCCCUGUACUGUGUCCGCAGUCUCUGGUCAUCCCUGUACUGUGUCCGCAGUCUCUGGUCAUCCCUGUACUGUGUCCGCAGUCUCUGGUCAUCCCUGUACUGUGUCCGCAGUCUCUGGUCAUCCCUGUACUGUGUCCGCAGUCUCUGGUCAUCCCUGUACUGUGUCUGCAGUCUCUGGUCAUCCCUGUACUGUGUCUGCAGUCUCUGGUCAUCCC